CCUUCAUCUCUCCUGUAGCUGUGUCACCCAAGAGCUGCAGAAAUGCAGGCAGGCGCCAUUAGGUUCAGAGGGUAACAAUGACAAGGUGCUCUUGGAUAAUAUUGUUCCUUCUCUCUGCCCUUUUCCUUCAGACAGAGCAGACAGUGUUUAUAUCAGCUGAUGAGGCAAACAAUGUUAUCAAGAGACAGAGGCGUGCCAGUUCCCACCUUCUGGAGGAGGUCCUCCAAGGCAGCUUGGAAAGGGAAUGCCUUGAAGAGAGAUGUACACAUGAAGAAGCAAGAGAAGUAUUUGAAAACGAUGAAAUGCUUAAAAUGUUUUGGGAUAUCUACUACGAGGGCAGGAGGUGCUCCUCGAGCCCCUGCCAGCACAAUGGCGUGUGUGAGGACAGCAUUCGUGGCUACACCUGCACCUGUGCUGAGGGCUACGAGGGAGAGAACUGUGCUUUUGCUAAAAAUGAAUGUCACCAUGAAGCAAAGCAAGGAUGUCACCAUUUCUGCUAUCCAGGAACUAAUUCCUACCGCUGUUCCUGUGCUGAUGGCUAUGAGCUUGGGAAGGACGAAAAACAGUGCAUCGCAUUAGAUGAAUGUGCAUGUGGCAGACUUCAAGACAGUGAUAAUCUGAUACGUGAAACCAGGAAGAAACGUGAUGAGCGAUUUCCCUGGCAGGUGCUACUGCUAAACUCAGAAGGGAAAGGCUUCUGUGGAGGAGUGCUGCUAAAAAGUAACUUCGUAUUGACCACAGCAGAGUGUGCUCUUCUGUACAACCAUUUUGAAAUCAGGGUUGGUGCUGGGCCUAAUGGAACAAGUGGAACUGAGAAGAUAAUGCAAGUUAGCGAGAAGCACAUACACAUCCGGUAUGAUGAAGACACUGGUGAGAACAACGUUGCAUUGCUACAACUUCAAGAGCAUGUUGAGUGCAACAACUACCAGCUUCCUGUAUGCACCCCUGAAAGAGACUUUGCAGAACACGUUUUAAUUCCAAAAUUGGCUGGUACAGUCAGUGCCUGGAGAAUGGAAGGCGAUGAACUUAAAGCUGAUGAGCUGCAGGUUUCGUACCUUCCUGCUGAGGACUGCAAACAAAUACUCAACAUCAGCCUCACAAACAGGCAGUUUUGUGGGCACCUCCAGAAGGCCACAGACAAACGACUGGCUGGAGGAAGCUUUUUAGCUACCGAGUAUAAGGGCACUUGGUUUCUGACUGGUAUCUUGGGAUCUUGGCCACUAGAAGACACUGACUGGGAAACACUUCUUUUCACCAACACUGCGAGGUAUAUGAUAUGGGUUAAACAAAAAAUGAAAUAAGACACAAACACAACCAGCUCUCAAGCACCAAACCCCUCCCAAUCAUUGCAAGGAAACAUAUGGAUGCAGCCAGUACCCCCAUUUGACUGCAUCACAAUUCACAGCAAUGGAAGUUUGCAAUGAUGGCAUGUAUUUAACUCCAAGUUAUACAGAAAAGCCUGUUUGUCUUUCCUUCUUCUGCUGAUACGCAGUACUGUGAAAGUCAUGAUGCAGUAAACUUAGUUAUUUUACUAAAAACUGAUUUAACUUUAAAUUCAUUAGAACUGUUCAUCCUAAAACUCAAAACACUUUGACGUUUUUCUGGGAUUUUAAAUGAUGCAAAUAGGAAACGAAUCUUUUCAAUUCUUGGUAUCCUGAGGUUUGCUUCAGCAAGUUCAUAUUCUUAUUUCAGUAUUCAUACAAGUAAAACUUACGAAGACCAGAGGAACUUCUUUUAAAUGUCUGUGUUAAUGUAGGACUUGACACUUUCAUCAUGCUAAAAAAUGCUUCCCCUCAUACAUGGUACCUGUGUUUUCCCUUAUGAAUGAUCUCCAUAUCAGUUAGAGGAUAAAAUAAAACCCAACUGUAAAACAUAGGAAAAGAAAAUGUUUAAUUUCCUUUUAAAAUAAUUUUAAAACCCCAAAACUACCACCUCAUCAGUUUGGACAAAGUUAUUUUGUGCCACUCCCAAACAAGCAAACCAACCAACCCCCCAAGGCAAUAACAAUUAAAAUACUGGAUCCAGUGGUAGUGUUUUCCCAAAAGUAAAAUAAACCAGACUCUGGGUAAGUUAGCUACAUCAUCUUUUGUUCACAAUUAUAAAAAUAAAACAAAUAUUAUCAGAAUUUAAAAAAACCCAAACCCAUCUAUGGGUACCUACAGACAAAAUGCCCACAUUUACUUGAACCCAGACGUAUUACUGACACAGUAAAGCUUUUGGUGUCAAGCACUUCUCUAGUUUUUAGAGAAAGCUUGAAGAGAAUAUUUAAUACCAGCAAGAUUAUCCAAGAUACUUAAAAAAAAGGAAACCAGGUAUGAAAACAUUAUUUCCAUUCUGAAGAAUGGCUUAACAUGAGUAACAAAGGCUGACACUUCUCCCUGAAAGACAAAUGCAAAAAUAGUAACACAAAGUACUUUAUAAAAGCUUUUAAGUAAUUUGUGAGGAAUUUGGAAUGCUUUGCUUUAUUUCUUGACGAAAUACUUUGAAUUAUCUAGAAAGCCUGUGGAAAUUACUAUUUAAAAGUCAGCAUUUCAUUCCAACACACUUUGUAACACUGGCAGCCUUGGUCAUUCUGGGAAAGGAGCCACAAACAGUUCCUGGUAUUCCAGUCCUGGACACAACCCAGGCAAUUUACAGUGUCCUUGGUAUGAUUAGGAGCAGUUCCACUGGGCAAGCUGAGUACCCGGCAAGUACUUGCAUGGAUAAGAUGCAAUACUCAACACACUGUUGACAGUGGAGGAAAUGGGUUCUGCUUACUGACCACAAGCUUCUGAUGCUGGUGGGAUAUGUAGCCUUUAAUGUGACCCUGGCAGAAGGAGAGAAAGGGAGCAUUAGUACUGGGAGCUGGUAACACAAUGCCUAUAACCUAAGCAAAUACCUACAACCUAAUCACGGCAGUGUGUGUAUGCUCAAUCACCACUGCACUACUGUACUUAAUAUCUGUAAGGGUCCAAUUUAUGUAAGUGGGUCAACUUAGAGAGUAAGGAGGAAGUGGGAACCACCCCCGUGUUUGGGUACUAGCCAGCCUGUCAGUUUGAGAGCCUCUUGCCAGGGCCCCCUAUGGGUCUGCUUACAUUGCCUUGAAGCUGUGUAAAGCUUACACAGCUUUACAGAAGUGUUUCUAAAUCUACUCUUGUUCACUUUAAAACGAGGAUUUUAAUCCAAUUAGUAUUCCAUACCUAAUAAACUAAAUGACAUAGCACUUCCUUUUCAAACGUGCUGUAACACUGAAAGAAAUCUUCCAGUGACCUACACCACAUCAAAUAAUCUGUUUCAGAGAGAUGUGGUUUGUUUUCUUGCUGACACUGCAGUGCUGCUCCAAAAUCUCUCAUUUAAUAGAAAUCUUUAUAUUUCAAGCCUUUAUCUGUUCAUGAGUAGUUGAAAUCCCCUUAGAGUAAAAGCCAAAUGUGGAACAAACCCAAAGAAAUCUGGCUUUAUUUUUCUCUAAUGUUAGAAGGUCAAGAGUCUCCUACUUCAAAUGCAGAACAAAUCCUUUCUGGUCCCAGUUAAAAUGUUUGUAUUUUUAAAUCAAUAUUUAUGCAUAUACAGAAAAAAAUGUCAGUACCAGAUUUGUAAUGUGAAAUUCAACUUCAAUUUUAACUGAUACCUACAAAAAAAAGUAGGAACUAGAGGAAGUCUGCAGGGUAAAUGAAAACAUUUCACUUUGAGCACAAGCGAAUCAACUUUUUUACACAAGAAAAUGUGGGAUUACUGAUGUGGCUUUUGUAAUAAACUUUUAUUCUCUGUCCAAUAUUUUUUACUGCCUGAUGUCUGAAAGGACCAGACAACAAGUGGUCAGCACAUACCAUAUAUAUAAGGUUAGCUAAAAUGCACUGGACUUCAUCAAUAUCAACAUCCUCUACUUGCAUGAACUUCAGGGCAAUCAGAAAGGCAUCUAGAGAUAGCUGAUGGGUUUUGAGUAGUAAAUAUCUGAAAGAAACAACAGAACAAAUGUGUUACUGAGAAAUACUUGAAAAUUCUGGUUCUUAGAAAAAUGGUGUUUCUACAAUAAAUUCACUUCAAGAGGAAGUCAGGUCUCUCAGAGGGAACUAAGGAGCAUACACAUUUUUAUCUCAGUCCAAGGUAAAACCAUACUAUAUACGCUUUUCCAAAAUACAGGUUUUGUUAUGCUUACACUUUCUUAAAGAGAUUUCUGUAUGUGAUGAUUUUCAGCUUCUCAAGGAUAAGAAAGAUUCCACAUCGAAUAAAGAAGGUCUCAUGCUUUGUCAGAGCAUCAUUCAGCAGGAGAAGAUUGCCUUCACUGCAAAGAUGAAUAAAUGAAAAAAUGAGAAGGUCUCACCCAAAAGAGAAAAGAAAUUCUCUGACUUGGUAGGAAUAUGCAUCCCCUGCCUUCCUCAAUGAUCCCAAAUAAAUACCUUUUACUUAAUACUUUUUGAACACAAAGGAACAAAACAGGCAUCAUACCUCACAGACUUUGUUACUUCAGCAAACUGCAUAAGGUCAUACUUUUUUAAGAGCUGAACUGUUGGCAUAUGGCCCUGAAAAAUAAAUGGUUUCCAUGUUUUCCAGGGUAAAGUCAAAUGCAUUUUAAACAGAAUCUACUAAGUUACAAAAAAAAAAUUGUUAAGAGAAAAAGACAAAUGUUUAGCCACUUUUUUUUGCUAGAGAAUAAGAAGUGAAUAAAAGUAUUUGUAAGACAA